GCGUCAAAGUCACAGGAAAAGUUUUCAGGUCGGCCAAGAGGGAGCGCAUGCAACAGGAGCUGGCAGCUGGAACUUCGACCUUCUUCUUACAGGUGUGCCAAGGCGCCCACCGAAGGCUUCACCCGGCUCUCCCGGUGCCCAGCUCCCUGGACGAUGUGAGGACCCAAGGUCGCCUCUCGAUGGUGUCUUACCUAGAAAGGCAAGGAGGGUAUGCCCAGCAGCGGGGGACCGGCCUGGUGAUGUUGAUGCUGGCUACCAUUGCCGACUGUUUCCUGAGGGGCGACACCCAUGCUGCCAUGGAACACCUUGGCCUCGCCCUGGCUGCCACCGAGCAGUCUUGCACCGACAACGGGAGGUGGGACCUGGGCUUCUUGCUGACGCUGCUAGAGGAGCCUGCUCCUUCAAUGUUUGCCCCGCGGGGCCAGGCUGCCAACACCCGGUUGAGGGCUUUCUCGCCCCUGGUUCCCCCUGCCUUGGGGUCUGUCACCCUGGCUUAUGUUCGGGAGGUGAACCUCCUAUCUCAAAGGAGGAAGGACGCUGUGCAGCCCAGCCGGGCAACCGCCGAGGCCGAAGAGCCCGGAGGCGACGAGACAAAACCGAAAAGGCAGAGGUUCUUGCGUGCAGGCGGUCAUGCUCCUCAGGAGGCUCGCACGCCCUUCUCUGCCUUCCUUUCUCGGACUUUGCACCUUUGCCGGCGCGGCGUUUGUGCCCCGGCCCAUGUCCUGUUCCCGCUCCCCCUUCCUCACCCGGCCAUCUUCCAGUCCCGCCUUGCACUUUCGUCCAGGCGGCGGGCCGUGGUUGCUGAGCGGCGUCUUUUGCAUAUCUUGGUGAUGGCCUUGAAUUUCCUACACCAGGACUGCCACUUCGUGCCCCUCGAGCUUUUGCAGCGACCUCCCAACGUGCCCCAGGCCCGUUGCUUGUCCUAUCUCGGGGCCCUUGUCAGGACAUACGGUAGCGAGCAGGAGGGCGUAAUACCCUCCACCGCCGGCCGUCGAAUUCAUGUGUUGCAAGCUCGGUUGGGAGAGCUCUCAAAUCGCCUGGCGGACCUGGGCCCUGUGGGUGAUAUCUACUCUUGGGCUCCUCCUUCCGAUCCUGUGGUUCCUCCGGACACCCUGCCUGAGGACCAGCAGCCCUACCAACCUGCCCAGGCGGAGCGCCUUCAGAUCAGUGGCCGUGGGCUUUGGGACCCUCUGCCUUUCCUGCCGCCUGACCUGCAAAUGGCUUACGCGGAGCCUAGGAGCCUCUUGUUCGGAGGCCUUCCGGGCCCUGAGGCCUUCCCUGACUGCUCUCGGGAAGACGCGGCCGAGACUUUGAAGCUUGCCCUGUUGUGGUCGUCCCAGGGCUUGUUGCACCUUGAGCCGUUCACUUCCGACCUGCACCCCUCCUGCUACGCGAGAAUCUUUGCAGCUAGGAAGUCGUCAGGCAAGCUGCGCCAGAUUGGGGACCGUCGUGGCCCCAACUUUGCCGAAGCACGGCUGCCCGGCCCGUCAAGAUGGCUCCCCUCGGGGGAGGUGCUCACCGCCCUUUCGUGUCGACCGGCUUGCGAGGGCUUGUGCUUAUGCAUAACUGAUCGCCGAGACUUCUACCACCAGCUGAGGCGUUUGCUGGGUCCCAGGCCCUGCUCGACCUUCGUCUUCGCUUCGCCGACAGGAGAUCAUCUCGGAGUGGAGGUGGCAACAGCCAGCCACUCUGCCUACCUUGAAAGCAAAGGGCUGAUAAUAGACGAUUUCUUCGCCAUCGCUAAAAUCAGCCGGUCGGCGCACGCCGGCCUCACCUCCUCUACCACAACCCCGGCAGGGCUCUGUGUUAUCGGGGCUCCUCGCUCGAAACGUUUUGUGCUGGCAGACCUCAGCCUAGAGGCUUUCGCACUGUCUCCUCUCGGCGAGCUCGACCCAGAGGCCCCCAAGAUCCUGAAGCUGCCCCGGGCAGUUGCCCAAGAAUUUCAGCUGGCGGCAGCCUUGGCCCCAGCUGUCUGUUCUGAUGUAGCCGCCCCGUAUGUGCCACCGACGCCUCAGAGGCGAAAG